AUGCCGCUGCGCCGCCAGAGAUCGUCUGGCUACCGCAGCGUCCGCGAGCGCCCCUGCGGCACCUACUACGCCGAGAUCCGGUCCGGCGACGUCCGGCUCGGCCUCGGCACGUUCGGGACCGCGCACGAGGCCGCCCGCGCGUACGACGCGGCGGCGUGGCGCCUAGAGAGGCCUCCGUCGCAGAUGAACUUCCGCGACGUCUACACGCGCGAGCAGGCGCAGGUCGUCGCCCCUCCGCCUCGUCUUAUCACGGACCAGGACCGUGCGGAGCACCGUCGGCGGCAGCGCCGCCUCCUCAUCACCGAGGAGGACGAGCGAGCCAUGGCGAGUGGCGCCGGCGCCACCCGGAGGACGUCGCCAACGAGCGCGCCUACUGGGCAAAAAUGA